GUAUCUCGUUUUGGCUUUCACCGUGCUUCGACACCAGCUGCAGUUGAGUAGCUAUCUAAAGAAAAAAGAAAAAAACACACUCAGACCUGGGUCCCUGUCACAUUGCGUGCUCAAGUACAAAGCACCUUCUGUACCCUCUUUUCACUCCUCAAUCUGUUAACCACAAAACAGGAAAGCAGAUUAGAUAGACAGGAAGGAGCUGCAGCAUGACACGGUAUCUCCAGCAACGGUCCUGAGUUGUGAUGAAUUCAGCUGCAAUGUUUUGAGACACGUUUCGUCUGCUCACUAUUCCUCAACUAGAUUUCAUUCCUUCGCAAUUUUGGCAACUGGCACUUGAAGCUCUCCUACACCUUCUUUCAUGAGAAUUACGGCACGACCAUGUGAAACAGGCCACAUUUUUUCGUCUUUUGACACCUCAUCAAACCCAUGACACAAACCGGAACACUUUUGGGAAUAAAUUAUUAGACCUUCUCAUGGAGAGGAAGGCGCAUUACGAUUCUAUCCUGGACCGAAGCAAACGCAUUACAUGGCAGGACGACUGCUACAUGGAUCUUCAGUCAACAUCCUGCUCUCUCUCUUUACAACCAGAAACAGAAGAUGUUGGCUGGAUCCAAAAGCAUCAAGACCAGCUGCGACGCUUCACUACGACCUCAUUCCUUGAGGGGAUGUUAACCCACCUGAGAAAGAUGGACGUGCUGAGUUUAGCCGAGGAGUCCAAGAUCAUGGGAGCGGGCCGGCUGCAGGACCAGCUCAAUAUGCUCACAACCAUUGUCACGAGCACAGACACUCAAGGCUCUGAUACCCUCCAGGGCUUCAUAGAGAGCUCAGAUUCUCAGGUUGCUCAGCUUAUCAUCAACCACGAUUGCAUGGUGAAGGAGCACAAAGAAGUGCUUUUACGACGAUAUGAGCAGCACAAGGAUAGAGAUUCAGUCAGCUGCCCCAAACUGAACACCUCCUCAAGAACCUUACUUCUGGUUGAUGGACUUUCUGACCUCCAGCAAAAGGAACAUGACCUGAUGCAGGUGGGGGUAACUCGAGGAAGAAAAAGAAAUCACCUCAGACAGCUGGCGCUGGCCAAGCUUCUGGAGCCCCUGACCCGGGUCAGUUUGCCUCCCAGGGUCUCCCUCACAGUCGGGGUUGCUGGUAUCGGCAAGACCACCUGUGUCCGACACUUCAUCAGACAGUGGAGCCAAGGGGCCAUCUAUACAGAUGUGAGCUUCAUCUUACCUUUUACAUUUUGUGAGCUGAACUCACUGGAGAAGCUGUCAGCUGAGAAACUGGUGAAAAUAGCUUUUCCUCAUUUAACAGACCCCAGUCUGGUCCUGAGCAGCUCCUGCCGGACACUUCUCAUACUUGAUGGUUUGGAUGAUUUCCGCUGCACUUUAAAUUUCUCUGAUGCAGCACCCUGCAAUGACCCAAAGAAAGACGUGUCUAUUGAAGACUUAGUUACUAACAUCAUUCGAGGGAAUCUGCUCCCUGACGUAGCUGUGUGGGUGACUUCCAGGCCAAGAGUGGCCUCACUCAUCCCUGGAGGACUUGUAGACAGAGUGACUGAGAUUCCAGGAUUCAGCCCGAAGGACAUCCAGGUCUUCCUGAACCACCACUUUUCUGAGAGGGAUUUUGCCAGCAAAAUAUGGGAACACUUGGAGUCCUACAAGAUCAUAAUGGUGAUGUGCUACAUACCAAGCAUUUGCUGGAUAGUAGCUAAUACUCUGAUGUACAUCAUGCAAAGUGGAACACAGGAAAGUCUUCCAAGGACUUGCACUGAGCUCUAUGCCCACUUCUGUUCCAUGAAGGCAGAAGUAGGCGAACCAAGAGGCAGGGAGCAUGUAAAAAUGGAGCAGCUUCAUGGGAGCAAUCGAAAACUGCUGGGGAAUCUUGGGCGAUUGGCCUUUUAUGGGCUCCUCAAACACAAGUACGGCUUCAGUGAGCAGGACCUCAGGGCCUAUGGGAUAGAUCUACAGUUAACUCAAAGCAGUUUUGGUGCCGGAGUUCUAGUUCGGGAAGAGUCGACCAUAUACAUAACUUAUCGGUUCACUCAUCUGACUCUGCAGGAGUUUCUUGCAGCUACAUUUUACCAUGUAUCCUCCAAACGGGCUAUCUUUGACUUGUUCUCAGAAAGCACCAUGUCCUGGCCCAAGAUUGGUUUCCAGAACCACUUCAGAAGUGCCUUUCAACGUGCGCAGCAAGCUGAAGAUGGACAUUUGGAUGUGUUUGUGCGUUUCCUGACAGGCCUGUUGUGCCCAGUCACACUGAAACCUCUCGCUGGGCUUUUGUCCCUUGGGAGAGAUGAUGGUAGUCAGAAGGCCUGGGCAGCAGGGUUUUUACAAGGCCUCUUGGUCAGCGGGGGUGUUGUUGUGUCCCUGCGCACAGUCAAUCUGGCUUAUUGUUUACAGGAGUUGCAACACACAGAGCUGUUGCGGAGUGUGGAGGAAGAUUUACGGCUUGGUAGCCUUGCAGGGAAGUUAACAUUGGCUCACUGUGUUGUGCUUGGAUAUCUGCUGCAUGUGUCUCCAGAGUGCAGUGAACAGACCAACCUAACAGGCUCUCUGAACUACACCACAGUGAAAUGUUUGCUCCCACAGUUGCUGUACUGCAGUCAUCUCAGGUUAGAGAAUAAUCACUUUAAAGACGACAUCAUGGAAUUGCUGGGAAGCCUGCUUAGUGCCAAAGACUGCCACAUUCAGAAGAUUAGUUUGGCAGAGAACUCCAUUAGCAACAAAGGUGCCAAAGCACUGAGUCGAGCACUGUUGGUGAACCGGACACUAACUUCUCUCAAUCUCCGGAACAACAACAUCGGCUCCAAAGGCGCAAGGUUCCUGGCAGAAGCACUGAAAAUGAACCAAGUCCUGGUAUCGAUCAACUUCCAGAACAAUGCCAUCGAGGAGGAAGGUGCUCGAGCCCUCGCAGAAGUGCUACAGUGCAAUCGCAAAUUGGUGUCUCUGAACAUACGGAAGAAUGCGGUCGGAGCAGGAGGAGCCAAAAGGAUUGCUGACGCGCUGAAGACCAACCGUACCCUCACAAAUCUGAUUCUUUGCAGCAACCAGCUUGGGGAUAAAGGGACAAUCGCUCUGGCAGAGGCUUUGACGCUCAACCACACUCUACUCUCACUUCAACUUCAGAGUAACUCAAUCAGUAACAGGGGGAUGGCGGCCUUGACCAAAGCUCUUAGGCUGAACCGUGGUCUUGUCUCUUUGAAUUUAAGGGAGAACUCGAUUGGGGUGGAUGGAGCCAAGAACAUGGCUCAUGCACUCCAUGAAAACAACUCUCUACAGGACCUUGAUCUCACAGCCAACCUGUUGCAUGAUGAAGGGGUUCAAGCUUUAGCUGGCGCCAUCAGGCUUAAUCAAGGCCUCACCUCUUUGCAUCUCCAGUGGAAUUUCAUCAAGUCCACUGCCACCAAAGCUCUUGCCCAUGCUCUGCUCUCCAAUGGCACAAUGCAGCUCUUGGAUCUACAGGAGAAUGCUAUUGGAAAUGAAGGCGUGAUUUUUCUUGCAGAAGCCCUGAAAACCAACGCGUCUCUUCGUACAUUAUGUAUCCAGGGCGUCUCAGCGGGCAAAAGUGGUGCCAUUGCCCUGGCGGAGGCUCUAAUGACCAACAAAACCCUGCAAACAUUAGAUCUACGUGGGAACACUGUCGGGAUGGAUGGAGCGAAGGCUCUAGCCAAUGCAUUGAAAAGCAACAGAAGCCUCAAGUCAUUGAAUCUGCAGGAGAACUGUCUGGGCAUGGAUGGAGCCAUAUUCAUUGCAACAGCCUUGAAGGGAAACCACCAAUUGACCUACAUCAAUUUGCAGGGAAAUGGCAUUGGCGAAUCUGGAGCGAAGGUCAUAUCUGAUGCCAUAAGAGCCAACGCCCCGAGCUGUGUGGUGGACAUCUGAGACUGGAGCAGGUCAAACAGUACAUGUAGGCUAUGUUUUUAGAAAAAACAGAUGUAAACUAUGUUAUUAAGCUGUAUAAUGAUACCUACAUGAACAUACCAUUUUUAGAUCUAUAUUUUUAUAUUUAUCAUGAUAAUAAACAGUUGCUUUGCCUUCAAAAUGCUGUUUCCACCAAUGACAAAUAAGACUAGGAGACUUAGAGAUGCAGAAUAUUUUUAUGUACACUCAGCAUCUUAGUGAAGCUACAUCCCUCCCCAUUUGCUAUUUUUGCACAACUGAAUCUGUUGUAAAGAAAUAAAUAAAUAAGAAAUUUAAAAUAAUUGAA